ACCUAAAUUCUGUGUUUGCUUUACCCGCGCUCUAUGUCUUUCGUGUUUUCCUGUUUUCAUGAGUGCUUUCCGAUACUUUUCCGUCAUUGAUGCGGAACAUUAUACAUUCGUGAUAUGUCAACUUUUCACGCUACUUUCAGGCUGUGUAAUGCAGAAAUGCUUACCACCAUGUACAGAAAAUUCAAAGCGCCGUCACCUUUUUGAGUUUGUCAGCGGAUUUUUGAUCAUGUAUCUUGUUUAUGGACCUCUAGUUGUUCAUAUGCUUGCUCAAGCCAUACCGGCAUACUUGAUGAUGGUUUUUCUUCCAUCAUCUGUUGCUCAGUAUGGCAUUUUAGUCUUCUCAAUGGCAUAUUUAUCUUCAGUACAUAUUCACAGAUGUAUGUAUAACCCUCGACUUGAUAUCUCUGCGGCUCUGAUGGUGCAAACUCAAAAGCUGUCUUCUUUGGCUUUUAACAUCAAUGAUGGAGUGAAGUUGUCAAAGAAAGGAGUAGCUGACCAAGAAUACCACAAGCUUCAUGCCGUUGAACGUCGACCUCGUCUCCUCCAGUUCGGUGGAUAUUUAUUCUCGUUUCAUAAUGUAAUGAUUGGCCCCUUCAGUUUUUUUGCUGAUUAUAUGAGAUUUAUUCAGGGUCAAGAAUCAGAUCAGCUCAUUGAUGAAACUGAUAAAAAGCGAUUCGAGGAUAACAAGGAGGCGAUACGUUCCGCUAAAGCAGAGAAAUGGAAACAGGUAAAACUUCUACUACUUCAUACUAUAUUAGUCUUAUGGUCCUUUCAUAGUUUUAAACCCGAGGAAUUUCUAUCUGAAAGUUUUGCAAAAAAGAAUUACUUUCAAAAAUUUAUCUACUUGUCAAUCGCGUGUUUUGGUUUUCGUCAAAAGUUCUAUUUUGCUUGGACUCUAAGUUGUCUAUCAAAUUUAGUCGCAGGUUUUGGAUUUUCUGGAUUUAAUAGUGAAGGCGAACCGGAAUAUCGUCUGGCUACUAAUAUUUACUUUUUGCCUAUUGAGAUAAUAUCAUCAAAACAAAUUUCAGACAGAAAUGAUCUGUAAGAAUUUCUUCAUGUAUAACUGGUUGUUCGUUUUGUUGACCUUCAAUUUUAUGAGUAUUUUGCUUGAAUAUUUAUUUUGACUGUCUUCACGUUUCGAUCAUCAUAGUUUAAUUUAAACGUGUUGUGUUUACCAUGAGGUGUAUAGAUCUUUCCUUUAACCUUAUAUGGUGUUACAUUGUAGGUGCACACUUCCGAAAAGCACCUAUUCAGUUCUUACGUGAUUUUAGCUACUCUUCUGUUAAUAUCAGUUCACGUUCAAAAGUACUUUCAAAUCAUUGUUGAAACAUGCUUCACUUUACGUGCCACUAUUGUUUCUCUUUCUAGAACCUAUUUUAUUGAUUAUAGUAUAUUAAAACAGUUUAUGUAUUUGAUUAUGAGGAAAUGAUUAUCUAUAUUUUCUUAAGCUUGGUACAAGUACAAAAACAAUCUUAGAUUCUUGGAAUACAGCAACAACACGUUGGUUACGUGAAUGUAUAUAUGAUCGUGUACCAAAACGUUAUGCUGUUUGGGCAGUUUUCGUUGCAUCAGCCAUGUGGCAUGGUUUCUAUCCAGGUUAUUAUCUAGUUUUUGUAUCUGCAGCUCUAAUCACAGUGACAGGAAGAGUUUGUCGAAAACAUCUCCGGCCGUAUUUUCUUCGUUCAUCCGGAUUACAUUGUUUCUAUAAUGUACUAACUAAUUUAGGCGCUAUGUUAUGCUUAAAUUAUUUGGGUGUACCGUUUCUUCUAUUGACUACUGAUAAAAUUUUGCAUUUUUGGAGACAAAUGCGCUUUAUUGGACAUAUUGGACCAUUGGCUUUAAUUAUUGGCGUUCCUUUAUUAUGUGGUAAACCAGGAGAAAUAUAAGAACAAACAAAAGAAAUUUGUUAAUAAAUAUUCGUCAUAUAUUCACAAAUGUACUUGGUAAUAAUAGAGGAAAAGUAAGGACCAGCCGAUAUUAUCUAUCAUCGGCUGAUGAUUCAUAUUUUCUUUUCUUUUUUUUUCUCAAUGUUAUUAUUAUUAUUAUUCCGUGUUUAUGAGGAACAAAUACAGGUUAUUUGUUUGUCUAUUAUAUUUGUAUUUUUACUUAAAGCAAUUCCGUUUAAGUCUCAAUAUAUACGUUACUUUACUGUUAAGGAUAAUAAUAAUAAUAUGAUCUUCCUUACUAUUUAUUAUUAUUAAUAACAAGACCCUUCAAGCAUAUGAAUACACACAUACACAUACAUGUGCGUUUUGUCAGCCAAUAUUCUUCAUAUCAUAUUACAUUUAUUCUAUUCUCAUUAAUAUUAUUAAUAGCGUUGUUGUUUUAUUAUCCCCAGCUUUUUACAACUGACCUCAAAAGUAUGUUUUCUUGUUUAGUUUUAUUUUUUUGUUCUUCAUUAUUCAUUGUCCAACAUGUAUGUUUAUUAUUUUGUUACUACUUAUAUCUGUUUAAGUUGUAAAAGAGCGUGUGUGUGUGUUUAUGUAUAAAUUUACCUCCUGAUAUUCAUGUACUAUUUUGUUACUUUUUUUUGUGUUAGUGGUUAACACAUUACUAUUUAUUGUUUACAAAACUGGCAUUUGAUAAGAUAAUAAAAUAAGAAGCAAUCUAUGUGUUUUAUAAUCAUUAUUCAUAUUAGAAUCAAUUUUUAAUAAAUAAAUAAAAAGAUUGAUACAAUAUUUCUCAUGUUGAUAUAACUGAUGAAUAGUGUCAUUUAAAACUGUGAUAUACUACUAAUUAGAUAAUUAAAAUAAUCCAUUGAAUAAAAAUAAAGAGAAUUUUCUUUUCGACG